AUGAAUGUUGUGCAGCAAACAUUUGCAGAGCUGAGCAUAGGGGAGCCCGAGAAGAGGGUGGAAGGAAGGGUCUACUCUGUAAGUGGGCCUGUGGUUGUUGGAUGCAAUAUGAUUGGGUGUGCCAUGUAUGAGCUGGUCAAGGUUGGAAGUGAAGGAUUGGCAGGAGAGAUCAUUAAGAUCGACAAGGACCAGGCCACCAUCCAAGUGUACGAGGAUACCAGCGGGCUGUGUGUUGGAGACACGAUUGUGAGGACCGGGCUUCCGCUGUGUGCAGAGCUUGGGCCUGGACUUUUUGAAAGCAUCUACGACGGGAUCCAGAGGCCACUGCGGGAGAUUCGAGAGAGCAGUGGGGGGAUCUUCAUUCCAAAGGGGGUGAACAUUCCGGCGCUCGACAGGGAGAGGGAGUAUGAGUUUGUGCCUGCGGUUUCUGCCGGGGACUAUGUUGUUGGAGGAGAUGUGUUUGGAAAGGUUUACGAAAACAGUCUCAUUGAAACAAAGAUCCUUGUUCCUCCAAAGAAAAGCGGGAAGGUUGCUUUUAUAGCAUGCCGGGGAAAUUACACUCUCAAGGAUGUUGUGAUGGAGCUUGAGACAGGCAAGGGAAAGGAGGAGAUGUUUAUGUACCAUACGUGGCCUGUUCGGAUUCCAAGGCCGAUUGAAGAGAAGAAGAAUGCCACGCACCCGCUGUUCACCGGGCAAAGAAUCCUGGACUCCCUAUUUCCGUGUGUCCAGGGAGGAACCACGGCCAUUCCGGGGGCAUUUGGGUGCGGAAAGACCGUCAUUUCCCAGUCGCUGUCGAAGUACUCAAACUCUGACGCAAUUGUGUAUGUCGGGUGUGGAGAGCGGGGAAACGAGAUGAGCGAGGUUUUGAUGGAGUUUCCAAAGCUGACUGUUGGGGGAAAAGACGACAGCAUCAUGAAGAGGACUGUGCUUGUUGCAAACACAUCGAACAUGCCUGUUGCCGCAAGAGAGGCGUCGAUCUACACGGGAAUAACGAUUUCGGAGUAUCUCCGCGACCAGGGAAUGAACGUGUCCAUGAUGGCCGACUCGACAUCGAGGUGGGCAGAGGCGCUGAGGGAAAUAAGCGGAAGGCUGGCCGAGAUGCCUGCCGAUAGCGGAUAUCCUGCAUAUCUGGGCGCAAAGCUUGCAUUUUUCUACGAGAGGGCAGGGUCUGUUGUGUGCUUAGGGUCUCCUCGGAGAACAGGGUCUGUAACCAUAGUCGGGGCAGUCUCGCCGCCAGGAGGGGACUUUUCUGAUCCUGUGACAUCGGCAACGCUUGGGAUUGUCCAGGUGUUCUGGGGGCUUGACAAGAAGCUUGCCCAGAGAAAGCACUUUCCGUCGAUAAACUGGAACCUGAGCUACUCGAAGUACUUCUCGAACCUCGAGCCAUACUACGAGGAGGUUGACCCCGGGUUUAUUGUAAACAGGACAAAGUGUCGAGAGAUUCUGCAGCUGGACGACGAUCUUUCGGAGAUUGUGCAGCUGGUGGGAAAGAAUGCCCUUUCCGAGACCGAGAAGCUCAUUCUGGACAUAUCCAAGCUAAUCAAGGAGGACUUUCUGCAGCAGAACGGAUAUUCGAGAUACGACAACUACUGCCCGUUCACAAAGACAAGGCUGAUGCUGCGGAACAUCAUCCUGUACUUUGACAACUCCAAGAAUGCCAUAACGAACUACAAGCUCAGCUGGUCUACGAUCAGGAAGGAGACCGAGGAUGUGUUCUAUGGGCUAAUGAAGAUGAAGUUUGUGAUGGCCGACAAGGAGAUGGAGCCUAAACUGAACAAGUUGAAGAGGGAGAUAGAGGGUGUGUUUCUGAAGAUGUUGGGAUGA